AAUUUAUCUAUCUCGCCAAGGAAAUGUCUGAUCCUGAAACCACCACCGUUACAGCUACUACUCACGAGGAGUCCCCGGCAGUAAUGGAGCCCCAAGGCAAAGCUCAAGAUUCGAAACCAGUGGAUAUCAAGGAGACGAAGAAGCUCAGCAACGUCGCGCUGCAAAUAUGGCUGCCGACUAAACAAUUUUAUUGGGUUGGAGUCAUGGUGAAUGUUGCUCUGCUUGGUGGUCGACAAGUCAUUUUAGUGGAUAAUUCGGAAGGUGGCCUGGAGGAGUUUCUUAACCGAAAUAGAGAAUUGGUGGAAUUGUGGUUUGAAUGGAUAAAGCCAUGCUCUUUAUCCACAAUUUCUUCAUUGUGUAGAUUGGUAUGGCUUCGGCUCAAUGGGGUUCCGUUGAAGGCAUGGAGUGAGAGAUGCUUCACAAAAUUAGGGAGCAUAAUUGGAGAGGUGAUACUUGUUGACGAGGAUACGAGGAGUAAAUCAUUUUUAUGCAAAGGAAAGGUGUUGAUUUUGAGUGCAGAAAAGAGGAAAAUAUCAACAACCAUUUGUUUGCGAGUUGAUGGUGAGGAUUUCCCAAUAGCAGUGUCAGAGGAGGAGUGGAGGAUGGAUCCGGACUGGUGGUUGGCCGAAGAAUGUCGAAAUCCAACCACUCAACCCAGUUCGGAAUAUUCCAGUAGCAAGGAUGAAGAAGGUGAUGACGGUUACAGUGAUUUGAAUUUGAAUUUCAAUGGAAAUGGCUUUCUGUGCGAAGAUGGCAGAAAGUUGGCCGAAAAUCAUGUUGUAACGGAUUUGGUUUCAUAUAAAGUGUUAAGUAGACAAGCAGAGUCGAAGGGAGAAGAAGCGGCUGGGAUUGUUGGCCUAAAUGGGCUAGAAGAAUUUGGGCAGGAUAAGGGGAAUCAGGUUGGUCUGGGAGUUGUUGACAAUGUAAUUGGGUUGGAGGAAGCACAACCUAUUUGUGGGUUCAUCUUUAAAACCCAAAAGGCUUCUACACAGCUGCAACAGAUGGCGGUGACGGGAAAAAAACUCAGAACCCUGAGGGAGAUUUAUGCAGGGGUGGCUAGAGUGGAGGAAUCGAUGAGAAGGGGCACUAUGGGUAGUUUGGGUGGUUUGUUGUCUAUAUGGAAUAAGAGAAAUUUUGUCAAACAAAGAGUGAUAGAAGGAAACAGCUUUAUUGGAAUUUCGGGUGAAUGGGGAAGUCAGCACACGACAUGCAACUUUGUUAAUGUGUAUGCUCCAUGUGAUAGGCAGAGGAAGGCUUCUUUGUGGGAGGAGAUUAGUGGAUCGAUUUUGGAAGAGGGUGGUAGAUGGCUUGUGGCAGGGGAUUUUAAUACAGUUCGGAAUGUCACAGAGAGGAAGGGAAGAUUAGGAGAAACCCAGGACAUGGAAGAUUUUAAUCAUUUUGUGGAAGGGACUGGGUUAACUGAUGUCAGGUUACGAAAUAGGAAAUUCACUUGGUAUAGACCAGAUGGAACUUCAAUGAGCAGACUUGACAGAUUUUUGCUAUCUACAGAAAUGAGUUUGUUGGGUAGAGAUUGGACUCAAGUUGGUGUUCGAAGAUCAAUUUCUGAUCACUAUGCAAUUAUUUUGACAUCAAGACAUGUGGAUUGGGGUCCCAAGCCUUUUCGAGUACUUGAUGCAUGGCAACAACAUCCAGAUUUUCGAGAAUUUGUGGAGAAUAGUUGGAAGGCUAUGCAAAUCGAAGGAUGGGCCUCAUACAAAUGUAAACCAAAGUUGAAGCUUUUAAAAGAGGAAUGUAAAGGAUGGAACAGUGGGGUGUUUGGCAAUGUGGAGACUCAAUUUGACACCCUAGUAAAAAAGAGAGAAGCUGUGUGGAAGCAGAAAGCAUGGACUAAUUGGGUUCGUUUGGGUGAUGCAAAUACAGCAUUCUUUCAUAGGAGUAUUCAUGCAAGAAGAGCACAAAAUGGCAUAUCUGGUAUCUUAGGUGAGAAUGGUUGGGUUGAGGAACCGGAUGUAGUCAAGGAAGAGGCAGUUAAGUAUUUUAGCAAGCUGUUUCGCGAUGAGAAGUGGCGUCGUCCUGUCUUGGGUGGGAUUCAAUUCCAUAGAAUUUCUGUGAUUCAAAAGAAGUGGUUGGAAAGACCUUUCACAAUAGAGGAAAUUGAAGAGGGUCUUCGAAGAAUUUCAUCGUCAUGGGAGUUAUUGGCGAAAGUCUUGGCGAAUCAGUUGAAAAAGGUCAUGGCAAAUAUUAUCAGUGAUGCGCAAUCAACAUUUGUUGGUGGACGGCAAUUGGUGGACAGUGUGCUGAUUUUGAAUGAGGUUGUGGAUGAGGUAAAAAGGAGAAAACAGGAGAGUUUCAUUUUUAAAGCUGAUUUUGAGAAAGCUUAUGACUGUGUGAAUUGGGAUUUUCUAGAUUGGAUGAUGGAUAGAAUGGGGUUUGAGGCUAAAUGGAGGAAGUGGAUUUGUGAAUGUCUCUCGACAACUAGGGUCUCUAUUCUAAUAAAUGGAAGCCCAACAAUGGAGUUUAAAUCGAGUAAAGGUCUUCGUCAAGGUGAUCCUUUGUCUCCUUUUUUGUUUCUAUUAGUUGGAGAAGGGUUGUGUGGGCUUGUCAGAAAAGCUGAGAGUGAAGGGCUUUUUCAAGGCAUGGAUAUUAGGACGAGUGGUAUGAGUUUGUCAUUACUUCAAUUUGCAGACGACUCUGUUUUUAUGGGAAAGGCAUGUGCUAAUAAUUUAAGGGUCGUGAAGGCUAUUUUGCAUUGGUUUGAAUUGAUUUCAGGGCUGAAGGUUAACUUCAGCAAGAGUCACUUGUAUGGGUUUAACGUUUCAGAAGGGUGGUUAAAAGGGGCAGCAGCUAUUUUGCAUUGUGGAGUAGGCAAGGUGCCUUUUAUAUACCAUGGUUUGCCAGUUGGGGGGAAUCCGGGGAGGAAAAAGUUCUUGAAUUCAGUGCUGGACCAUUUUCGAUCUAAGCUUGCCUCUUGGAAAAGCCCACUACUGUCCUUUGGAGUUAAAAUUCAAAGGAAUUUUUUUUGGGGAGGUGUGAAUUUGGAUAAAAAGAUUUCAUGGGUUAGUUGGGACAGUAUAUGUGUGGAUAAGGAGAGAGGUGGAUUAGGAGUGGAUGUUUUGGAGAGGAGGAAUUGUGCUUUGUUGGGUAAAUGGUGGUUUAGGUUAGGAGAUGGUUUGGAGGGUUUAUGGAAGAGGGUGAUUUGGGAGAAAUAUUAUGGGGGUCGAAAAGAGGUUGAAGUUACUUCAUUUGCAUCUUUAAAUAUGUCUCAAGUGUGGAAGGACAUUGUGAGUGUGGGUAGUGGGUUUGAAAGGCUAUUGGAGAUGCUUGUGAAGGGCUUUAAAUGGAAAGUGGGGGAUGGAAGUUGUGUGAUUUUUUGGAGUGAUAAAUGGGUGGGAGAAGAGCCUUUGAAAAAUUUAUUUCCUAGGUUGUUCACAUUGUCUGCAAAUAGGGAGGGGUUGUUAAAGGAUAUGGGUCUUUGGAGUAAUGAUGGAUGGGUAUGGGAGUGUAGGUGGAGACAUGGGUGUAUAGGGAGGGCGGCUGGUGAGGAAGAACAGCUUACGGAGUUGAUUAAUGGUGUAAAGUUGAAGAUAGAUGGAGUAGAUUCGUGGAGAUGGAUACAUAGUGGAGAUGGUUCAUAUUCGGUUAAGGUGGCGUAUGAUUUUUUAACACCGAAAUAUGUGGUCUAUGGAAUAGGUGGGGGAAGUUUGAAGGAGUUGGGAGCUCUUAUUUUUUUGGUUGGUGCUUGGUUUGUAUGGUACUGGAGGAAUAUCAAGGUGUUUCAAACUGGGUCUAUGACUGAAGCUCAGUUAGUGGAGUCUAUCCAGGCUAAAUCAUUUAUAUGGCUUAAAAAUAAAGAAUCUGAUUGUGUGUUCUCUUAUAUAGAUUGGGUUUCACACCCUAUGGAUUGUAGAGAAGCCAUUGUUCAAUACCGUAAAGAUUUGAAGAACUACAAGCAGUUACAACGUCUCAUGUUAUGAUUCCUCAUUUCUAUUUGGUUUGUAUUUGGGUUAUUGGUUUUCAAUUUCUAUUUUGUUUUCAGUUGGAUUUUGUAGUUCGGUUAGACAUUGUUCUGUUAUGAAGGAGUAUUUCUUAUACUCCUACAAUAAUAUGAUUUCACUUUG